CGGCGUCCCAUGGCCCAGGCGUCUCGCUCUGCUGGCCUUCUGCCUCCGCUCGCUACCGUGCCGCCGUUUGGGGCACAACCCGAAGGCGCUGUGGAGGAGCAGUGGGAGAGAAGGCAGGCGCGCGCUCUCCGCGGGGACUUUCGUGGCUGGCUGCGGCUGCCGGUUGCCGGGAGCGUUCCCUGCCUGGACCCACCGCCCGGCGGAGCUCGGGGAGCGCAGCCGUGGUGGGCUGCGCCGGCGCCUGCAGACGCUGGAGAGCACCAGGAGGCCGGGGCCGCUUACUGGUGGGGGGAGUCGGCAGCCGGCCGCCCCAUCCCUCCCGCCCUGCAGCGUCUCCGGGCCGUGUUGCUGCGACUGCAUCGCGAGCGGGAGCAGCUCCUUCAAGCCCGGGACUGCGCCUGCAACCUACAGACGGCCGUGCGCCUCCUGAGGACCCUGAGUCCCGGCGCGCCGGCCCCUAGCUCCAGCACCUUGCCUCAGCUGUGCCGCGACCUGCUGCUGCACCCUUCCCGUGGGGCUGUCCUGCGAAUCGGCCUACGCGAGACUCCCGAGCCGCUACUCCUGGCGCGCCCGGUUGGGCUGGCCGCUCAGCGCCUGGAUGCUGCCAUCGAGAUGCAGCUUCGGGCUCUGGGUCGGGAGCCUGCCAGCCCGGGCCUGUCGUCCCAACUUGCUGACGUGCUCUUGGCACUCCCCGCCUACCACCAGCUGCUGGGAAAAGCCUUGAGCCAAAUCCCGGGGGCAGCGCGCCCUUUCCCACCCCUCCGUGUCCUCCACCUCCUAACGGGGGAGCGGGGUUGCCUGGUGGCUGGUCAGCUAGAUGAGGCCCUCAGGGGGUCGGGCUUGCUGGACCACCUCCGAAGUCGGUGCCAGGAGGAGCGGGAGCUGCUGCCCAGGCUGCUGGGGCUGCUGGGAGGCGCGACUGAUUCAGCCGGCAGUGGACCGGGGCUUGGAGGGGCUGGAGCCCUGUGGAGCCAGUACUGGACCCUGCUGUGGGCAGCUUGUGCUCAGAGUCUGAACCUAAGUCUAGGACCCUGGAGGGACCGCAGGGCAGCUGCACAACAGCUGAGUCAGGCACUAGGUCAGGCAUCCCUGCCUCAGGAGUGUGAGAAGGAGCUGGCUUCUUUGUGUCGCAACCUAUUUCAUCAGUCUCUUAUCUGGAACUGGGACCAAGGCUUCUGUCAGGCCUUGGGAUCUGCUGGCCAAGAUCAGAGCAGCCGUGCCUCAUCCUCUCAUACCUCUGAACUUUUGCAACAGCUCUUCCCUCCUCUCUUGGAUGCCCUUGGGCAACCCAGGUCAGGUCUGCUCCUCUGUAAGCCUCCAGGUGAGACAAGGUGCUGGGGAUGGAGGAGCAGAAUGGUUGAAGAUACCCCCUUUAUUCCUUCACUCGGUUCUGAAGCCCGCCUCCUCAGAUGCUCCAUCCUCCUCUCCCCAGAUCCUGCACCCCUUGCUCUAGGGCUCUGUACCCUGCAGACCACCUUGCUCUGGUUUUUGGGUAGAACUCAGCAGCAUCUGGCAGCGUGGGCCCCAGAUUCUUUCCUGCUCCUGAUCCAGAAGGACUUACCUCCUCUACUGCACGAGGCAGCAGCUCUGUCUAGACUGGCCUCAGAAGAAAGCUUGUCCCUGGAGGUGGAGCAGCAGCUGGGCCUGGAGAUCCAGAAGCUAGCCACACAGAUCCAGCUCCUGCCUGAGGAGUCACUAAGGCUCUUUUUUCAAGAAUGUCAUAAACAAGCCACACAGGGCUUUGAACUCUACAUGCCACGGGGCCGGUACUGGAGGCAUCGUCUCUCUCCUGAACUGCCCAGCAUUCCCAGUGAGUAUGCUAAGUUGGUGGUUCGCACUGUACUGGAGCCUGUGCUGCAAGGAUUGCAGGGAUUGCCGCCCCAAGCCCAGGACCCUGUCCUUGGUCAGGCACUGACAGCCAUCCUGGGUGCCUGGCUUGACUACAUCCUCAUGCACAAGAUCCGGUUCAGCCUGCAGGGGGCGCUGCAGCUCAGACAAGACUUUGGAGUGGUUCGGGAGUUGCUGGAGGAGGAGCAGUGGGGCUUGUCCCCGGAACUUCGUCAGACUCUGCUCACACUCAACAUCUUCCAGAAACUGGAUGGGGCCCUGCUGUGUCUAUUCCAGCAGCCUCUGCCCAAGCCUGAAGUCCACAGGAGGCCUCCCUGUUGCUGUACAUGCAGUGAGGUCCAGACCAUGGAAUUGCCCAGCAGCAGCCUCAACAGCCUGGAGAGCUUGGAGCCCCCUAUUCGGCCUGGAGCACCCCCAGCCCAGACAGCUCAGCUGCUAAGCACACUAUGGGGAGGGGGACCUAGCCCGGAGGCUUACCUGGUGGGAAAUCAGCAGGCCUGGCUUGCCCUGAGGCAGCACCAGCGUCCCCGUUGGCACUUGCCUUUUCUUUCCUGCCUGGGGACCAGUCCUGAAUCCUGAGAAGCCUGGGACCAGGAGCCACAAAGUCAGAGCUCCCCAUCUCUGGCUGGGAAAGCCCAGGUAUUUCUGUGUAUAUUAAAGAAGCCUACAAUUGGGAGCUUGGAAGAAAGGAUACCUGAGAAACACAAGCUCCAGAGAGCCUGGACUUAAAAGCUAAGAAUCCAAGACACUCCAAUGCCUGGAAUCCAGAGUAAAGGGCCAAACACCACAGCCUGGAACCUGGAGGUUAGCAUCCUUGGGAGGCUUGGGCCUAGUUCCCCAACAGUGAAGACAUCUCAGGGCUAGGCCCUAGAAAAAGGGCUAUGGAGCUGGAUCCCUGGGGAAAGGGAAAGGGAAAAAAUGAUAGAAAGCAGAGAGCCUAGAUGCUACUUCCUCUUAAGUCCUAGGAGCCACGCUAAACACACAGUUCAUCAGGAACCACAGAGGUGGAAUAGGCAUUUCUACAUUUGGAUCAGUCCCAAGAGGUGUAUUACCCUAUGCUCCCUGUCUUGUUACUGUUUGAAGUCACUUAAGAAUAUUAGGCUAAAGGACCUUCACGUUUAAACUUUGGUUACUCAGAGUUCAACGUGUUUGAUCUUCAGUUACCUGAGUAGGGUUUACCCCCCUGGUAGCUGUAUAAUCCCUGCCAUGGCAGUAUCCUCACCGAAGGGGCCAGCGCUUGAGAUGGCACAGCAACGUAAGGAAAGGGAAAGGCCACAGAAGAUGGACGUAUUAUCAGAGCCAAGUGCAAGGCUUUUGCGCUAUUUAUUUAUUGUCU